AUGUCUUAUUAUGAUAUUGACUCCAUCUUGACGGAUGCGCAAAAACUACCAUGUACAUUUGAGCUCGAAGUACCCGGACUGGGUAUUCUAGAGGGCAACGCGGGCGAAGAUAUCAAAGCCGGAACCCGGAUCGACCUUCCACUAUGGCUAGGUGAAAUGCUCUCGAUCGGAGCGCGUCUAGGAACGGCCCGCUUGGUUACGCUCGACAUGCCCGAGGCGCUUUCGGAGCGGGUGAUGAAUGCGCUGAAGGCCGAUCCCCGCACAGUUGACUUGCGUGCUUUAGCACCGCAUUUCUACAACCUCAGCGAGCGGAUUCUUGAACUCUUCGAGGAGGAAGAGAUGGUCGAUGUUCUCAGUGAUACAUUCAAGAAACGAGCGGCCGAGAUUGCUGACCAUGCACGCAACUCGCGUGGUGCGGUUGGUGGCGGAGUUGAGUUCCUUCGUGGACUGGAUGAGACUGAGCGACAAUUGUUCCGGGCUGCUCAUGACAGGGCCAAGGACAUGCGGAUCUGGUCAGGGGAGGCGAAACGUAAGUAA